CAGGUGAUUCCUGGUCGGCUGCAGUCCGUGUUCAGGGCUCAUCGCCUUCGCUAUCGCCAUGUCCGGGCUCGCGCUGCUGUAUUCGGGGCUGGGGCUGAGCGCGGCCGCCGCCAUCACCGGCAUCGGAAUCUGCUACACAAUAUUUGGCCUGGGCUUCCGUUUCGAUGUGGCAUGGUUCCUCACCGAGACGUCGCCGUACAUGUGGUCCAACCUGGGCAUUGGGCUGUCCAUCUCGCUGUCAGUGGUGGGUGCUGCCUGGGGUAUUUACAUCACUGGAUCCAGCAUUAUUGGUGGUGGUGUCAAAGCACCUAGGAUCAAAACCAAAAAUCUGGUCAGCAUCAUCUUCUGUGAAGCUGUGGCCAUCUACGGGAUCAUCAUGGCGAUUGUGAUCACCAACAUGGCUGAGCAAUUUACUGGCAGAACUCCUGAGGAGAUUCGUUCAAAUAACUAUCAUGCAGGUUACUCCAUGUUUGGGGCAGGCUUGACUGUGGGCCUCUCCAAUCUCUUCUGUGGUGUAUGUGUGGGCAUUGUGGGCAGUGGUGCCGCACUGGCAGAUGCCCAGAAUGCCAGCCUCUUUGUCAAGAUCCUCAUUGUGGAAAUUUUUGGCAGUGCCAUCGGGCUCUUCGGUGUCAUUGUGGCUAUCCUGCAGACAUCUAAAGUGAAAAUGGGUGACUAAAUCCUUUGCCCCCUGUCUGUCUGCUAACUGCAGAUUCUGUACAUACUUAUUUAAUGUCUCCUGUUGGCCUGGGGUGGAGCUUGGUGUAUAAAGUUAUUCCUGUGAUCUUCACCUCUUGGGCUGUGGAAGAACCUGACCAAUUGAUGUGUUUGUGAGAAUCUCUCCGUCUCUUUCCCCCAUUCAUUUUCUGCUCCACUUCCCCAGAAGAAAGGAGCUGGACGCCUAGGUGGGAGGAGCCUAGUAUGUGCCGGCCCUUGCACUCUUGUGGCAGACCACUGCCCACCGCAAUGCAAUGUCCUGUGAAAGAAGCUCGUUUGUGUCCCAAGUAGCUGCCCCUCUUUGUGUGCGCCCUGCUGCUGUGGCCCCCCCACUGCCCAGCUCCUGCUGGCUCUGGCAGCCCUUUUUUCCUGAAUCAUGGGUGGCACUGGCUGAAGUCCUGGCACUGCAGGUUGUGGGAGAUGCCCUCCUAGACACACCUGCUUCAUACUGAAGGGGCACGUAGGAGCUGAAAGAUGUAAUUUUUGGAAUUCUCUGAAGCAUCACAAAUGAUUGGUUAUUAAAAUGAAUGAUAAUAA